AUGGAAGAAAACCCUAAGUUGUACAAAUAUGGCGUGGCCAUUUUGCUGUUUGCAAGUCAACCCCGACAAUGGAGUAGAAACAUCUCGCUAACCGAAGUUGAUACUUUUAUCAUACAGGUCGUUGGCUACCCGCUGUGGAAUGUCAUUUACAAUCUACUAUUUCAUCCACUACGAGACUAUCCCGGGCCAAAACUCUUUUCAGCAUCCACAUUCACCAUCUACUACUAUCGUGUCCGUGGUCUGGGGGCCAAGGUAAUCCCGGCACUUCAUGAAGAGUACGGUCCAAUCGUUCGAAUCUCACCCAACGAACUGAGUUAUAUCAAGAGUCAGGCAUGGAAAGACAUUUUUGGACAUCGGACCGGAGGCAAACCAAGUUUCCCUAAAGAUCCCGUUCAACUGGGCCCUAAUCCUCCUGGCUCAGAGGGAAUUAUGCGCUCAGAUGAUGGUAGUCACGGUCGUCAGAGACGGGUAUUUUCUCAUGCAUUCUCCGACAGGGCCUUGAAGGAGCAGGAAUCAAUGAUCCAUCAAUAUGUCGAAAUGUUAGUCAAGAGGCUGAGAAUGAUCGCCACGGCGCAAAAGAUUGAUUCAUCAUCGAAAGGGGCACAGGCUGACAUGGUGAAGCUGUACAGCUUCGCCACCUUCGACAUCAUGGGAGACCUAACCUUUGCUGAACCUCUGAAUAUGCUCAGAGAUGGUGAAUAUGUCCCAUGGGUGCAAUCGAUUUUUGCAACUGUCAAAUUCAUUAGUCUAAGCCAUGCCAUGCGGAGGUUUAACCUGGAAUCCCUCUUUAGGAUGCUUCUUCCCCAAUCGAUUAAGCAAAAAAGACAGGAGCACAUCCGAUUUACCAAUGAAAAGGUCGAUCGUCGUAUGGGUUUCAAAACGGAUAAACCCGAUAUCUGGAGUUUGGUCAUCAAAAAUGCUGGCAAGGAUAUUUCCAACGGUGAGAUGUACUCAAAUGCGGGCACAUUCAUGAUCGCGGGAACCGAGACCACAGCGACUGUCCUGAGUGGUUUGACGUGGCUACUUUGCAAGAAUCCAGAAGUGUUGCAGAAGCUCAAAGAUGAAAUCCGCGAGCUUGGGGAUAGAGAAAGUCUCACUAUUACCAAAUUGCAGCGAUUAGUAUACCUAAACGCCUGUCUCAAUGAGGGUCUCAGGAUGUAUCCUCCAGUUCCAGAUGCAAGUAUGAGAUUGGUUCCCAAGGGUGGUGCAAUCAUCUGUGACAAGAUGGUUCCUGAAGGUGUCACAGUUGGAAUUCCCCAUCUUGCAGCCUAUCAUUCAGCCAGGAAUUUCACUGAGCCUAUGAAGUUCUUACCUGAGCGUUGGCUUCCUGGUGCCGAGCGAUUCAAGGAUGAUCAGAAAUCGGUAUUUCAGCCAUUCUCUUUCGGCCCUAGAAACUGUCUGGGCAAAAACCUUGCAUAUCACGAGAUGCGUCUUAUCAUUUCAUCUAUCCUCUUCGAAUUUGAUAUCAGCCUGGUUGACAACGAUGAUAAUUGGCUAGACCAAAAGAACUAUGAGUUAUGGGAGAAGAAGCCGCUCUUUGUGCGUUUGACUCCUGCGAAUUAA